AUGCUGACGCACCUGUUCGAAAUUCAUGGCCGGUUUUGCGCCGGUCAUCCCCUGGAAGUGAUUGUCUCGACCUUCACGCUCACAGCGUGUAUCCUGAACAUGGAGACCGGAAGUGGACAGCCGCGGGACGGAGCCCUUCCCGCGGCUUCUCAUUGUCGGCCUGGUCGGUGUAAUUCGGACGACCUAAAUGCAGCUGAUGUUAUAGUCAUGACUAUAAUACGAUGUCUAGCAAUACUGUUUAGCUAUCACCAAUUUCGAAAUCUACAGAGAUUGGGCUCCAAGUAUAUUUUAGGUAUCGCAGGCCUAUUUACCGUAUUCUCCAGCGUUGUCUUCACAUCGAGCGUGGUGAAUUUCGGACGUAGCGAUAUCUCGGAUUUGAAGGAUGCGUUGUUCUUUUUCUUGCUUAUUAUCGACCUCUCGAAAGCUGCUAUAUUAGCACAGUUGGCUUUAAGCUCCAGGAGUCAAGAGGAAGUACGGGCAAAUAUCGCUCGUGGAAUGUCCCUCUUAGGACCAAGUAUAACGUUAGAUACAUUAGUGGAGAUUUUACUUAUUGGCAUAGGAUCUCUAUCCGGUGUUAGAAGAUUAGAGAUCCUAAGCAGUUUCGCUUGCCUCGGGGUUCUUGUUAAUUAUAUUGUUUUCAUGACGUUCUAUCCUGCGUGUUUGUCACUCAUUCUUGAGCUCUCUCGUGGAACUAAUACUAUGAAACCAUUAAGCGCCGACAAGAUUUUCAUGAUACAUCCGCUGAACGAAGAGGAUCAAAAACCAAAUCCGGUAGUGGAGCGCGUUAAAUUGAUCAUGAUCGCCGGCCUAUUUGUGGUACACGCUAACAGCCGUUGGCCAUUCAAAACUGACGAGACCGAGCACACGGUAGAAGGCACGGUGACGUCCGCGAACUCGCAUAUGAUAGUGAAUUCUUACAACAAGACAGAGAAUCCAUCGGAAGUUAAGGAGUACUUGAUGAACUGGUUGUCUGUUAGUGCGGAUAAUAUUGUGAUAUUGAUACUACUUCUCGCGCUAGCGAUCAAAUUUAUCUUCUUCGAGGACAAGGGGGACAUAGCGAAGCAAUUAAGAUUCAAGGAGGAUGACGAGACGGAAGAAAAGAUCGAAAGUGACUGUGUUACUAGUGAUAAUAUGUGUUUAGCUGCUAUGGAUAUGUCGUUGCGUCAACGAUUCGGCGAAUCAUUGUCCACGAUGCGUUCAACGGUCUUUCCUUUAUCGGGGGUAGGUGGUUGGAUCGAAGUUGAACAUGAAUCUCAAAUGGAGUUCACCGACAAGGAAGUGCAAACCGAUGGAAAACAAUACAGCGUCGACACGUCGAGCAGCGAAAGUCUAUCUCCACGAUCGCAAGUAUGUAGGUCGCUGGAGGAAUGCCUCGAGAUAUAUAAAUCUGAACUUGGAGCAAGUGUACUGACGGACGAGGAAGUAAUUCAGUUGGUACGGAACAAGCAUAUACCUGCUUAUCAGUUGGAAAAAGCAGUUGGAGACAUGGAGAGGGGUGUUGGAAUCAGGCGUAUUAUAAUUGGAGAAACUGGAAAGUUUCUUGAAAAUCUCGUCGACUUGCCGUAUAAAGAUUACGAUUAUAGUAAAGUAUUAGGAUCCUGCUGUGAGAACGUUAUAGGAUAUGUACCGGUGCCGCUUGGAAUAGCUGGUCCGUUGCUAGUCGAUGGUGAAUUGUAUCAUGUGCCAAUGGCAACGACAGAAGGAUGUUUAGUAGCGUCUACGAAUCGUGGUAGUAGAGCGUUGUUGAAAUGUGGUGUAACGAGUCGCGUGGUAGCCGAUGGAAUGACCCGAGGACCGGUUGUGAGAUUUCCAAAUAUCGUUAGGGCAAGCGAGGCUAUGAAUUGGAUGCAAGAUCCCGAAAACUUCCAAGAAAUGAAGGAUAGCUUCGAUUUAACUAGUAGAUUUGCAAGAUUGACGAAGAUUCACGUACGCAUCGCUGGUAGACAUUUGUUUGUUCGUUUUGUGGCAACAACUGGUGACGCCAUGGGAAUGAACAUGUUGUCGAAGGGUACUGAGAAAUCGUUGAACGCGGUGAAGAUACAUUUCCCCGAUAUGGAAAUAUUAUCGUUAAGUGGUAACUUUUGCACGGAUAAAAAACCAGCAGCGGUGAAUUGGAUUCAUGGUAGGGGUAAAAGUGUGGUAUGUGAAGCAGUGGUACCUGCAGAUAUCGUUACUAAUGUGUUGAAAACGUCUGUUCAUGCCUUAGUCGAUGUGAACAUAAGUAAAAAUAUGAUUGGAUCUGCUGUAGCUGGCAGCGUUGGCGGUUUCAACGCACACGCUGCAAAUAUUGUAACCGCAAUCUUUAUAGCUACGGGUCAAGAUCCUGCACAGAACGUUGGAAGUAGUAAUUGUAUGACUUUAAUGGAACCAUGGGGAUCGGAUGGUACAGAUUUAUAUGUGUCCUGUACAAUGCCUAGUAUAGAGAUAGGUACUAUUGGAGGAGGAACUGGUCUUCCCGCACAAGGUGCGUGUUUAGCUAUGUUGGGUGUUAAAGGAGCGCACGUUCAUCAACCCGGUGAAAAUGCCAGCAGAUUAGCUAGAAUUGUAUGUGCUACAGUACUUGCCGGUGAAUUAUCAUUAAUGGCUGCCCUUACAGCUGGUCACUUAGUUAAAAGUCAUCUUAGGCACAACAGAUCAUCUACCACUGUAACGAAUGCAAUGACUGUUCCACAAAAUAAUACAGGAGAUAAAUUAUCUGUGCCAAAUGUGUUACAGCCUGUACAAAAUGUUUGUAAGGAGUUUGUAGAGAAGUCUUAG